GACCACUCCCUUGGAAUAUCCAAGGAGACUCCAAUAAACUCCUUUACUAGAGUUCAGACACAAAGGAAGAAAACUUGGCCAAAAGAAAAACAAGAAGCUAUCUGAUUAAUAAUUUCUCUCUUCUAUUUGAUACUUUAAUUUUUAGCCAAAACUCCAUCUAAUCUAUGGUAUGUUUUUGCUUUCUGGUGGAUCAAAAGAGGAUAAUGCGGCGGAGUAAGCCGGUGGCUGGCUCGUGUUCGAGGUGUGGCCACGGUGCAAAAGUGGCUGAUAUGUGUACUUCUACUAGGUUUUGUUAUAUUCCAUUUUAUAACAAGUCUUGGAAGGCUGUUGUAUGUAGUUUUUGUGGUGCCAUUCUCAAAUCCUAUACAUAGAAAACAAUCUUCCCUCAUCCAUAUGUUUGUCUUGGGAGAGGAGUUGUAGCUGGCAAAGGUGAGCUCAAUGAACAUCUAUUACAAUUCCACUCGAUAUAUAAGGUUUGUGUUUCAUUAAUAUUUGUAGUAGUAUACAAAGCUUUCAUCAGUGGUAGAAGCCAUGGAUGAACAUCAUGGAUUAAAACGGCGGACUCAAAAAGACAAGGUUGAGGUGUGUUUCUUGGAAGAGAAAGUUGAAUGUGCUUUAGUC